CGCCCUGUUAACAGGGCGCGUGACAGACACAGGGCGGAAUUCGACUAUGCCUGGCAUAAGAAAAGGGCGGCGAACGCGCAACCUGAAGACUACAAAGCCCGUCCCUCGCCGCCCCGUGCUGCCUCUGGAACUCCCGGCAUACAGCGCACUCUAGCGGCAAAAAAAAAAAAUGCCAUUAAACAGCACCGGCUUUUACUAGGCUAAGCGCCUCGUACUACAUUUCCCAAAAUGCCGAAGGGCUGAAGGCAAGACCGGCGCCUUCCCUGAGCGGCGGAAAGGGGUGGUGGGAUCGGAAAACAGGAUGGGCGGGGCUAGUCAUCUAAUUCCCUGAGGCCUUGUUGGUGUGGUCAUUACAGAAUGACGUCAUCGAGCCCGAGAGCGGAAGUGGGUGUGGUGAACCCAGCUCAGGUUUCCUUGUUUGCAGCAGAGAAGGCGGAGCUUCAGCUUGUCUGCUGCUUUGGAACCUGGUCGGCUUUCUUGCCCGUGGCGGGCGACUGUGCUUAUCCUCCCAUGUAAUUCAUCAGGAAUGUACCUGCCCUUUAUCUAAUUGCCGUAGCUUCUCCCUUUCCGUACUGUUUCAGCCACCCAUAGGUGUUGAAGCUCCUCCCCUUCCUUCGCCUCUCCCCCGCGGGUGCAGUUGCAUCUCCUCCUGUGGUGGUGACAUUUUCUCUCCUGUGCUCUGAUCUCUAGCUCUCUCAUUUUGUUUUCUACCCUACAGGUAGGAUUUCCACUCAGUCCAGCUCCACGAGUGGCGCCAUGGAGUUCCCCGAUUUAGGGGCUCACUGCUCGGAGCCGUCCUGCAAGCGCCUCGGAUGUGCAGGUCCCGGUGUGCCCGCUCUGCAGCAUGCCCAUUCCUGUGAAGCGAGGAGAGAUGCCUGAUAUUGUGGUGGGCACACACAUUGACCAAGACUGCAAAUCGGACCCAGCUCAGCGUAAGCGCAAGAUCUUCACCAACAAGUGUCAGCGGCCUGGCUGCAAGCAGCGGGAGAUGAUGAAGGUUGUUUGUGACCAAUGUCACGGCAACUUCUGCCUCAAGCACCGACACCCACUGGAUCAUGACUGUGCUGGAGGUAGCCAGCCACUCUCCAAGGCAGGGCAUGCGGCCAUUGAUAGAGCUCAAAAGUCAACCAAAGCACCUGUAUGCACCACACCUAUCAGUGGGGCCAAGAGAUCUGUUUCAAGCCCACCGACCUCCAGCAGAGCCAGUGAAAUGGCCAGUGCCCCCCAGCCCCGCAGCACACCACCUCCAGCUGUUGCCCUACAGAAUGGAUUGAGCGAGGAGGAGGCCCUGCAACGAGCCUUGGAAAUGUCCCUGGCAGAAACAGUGUCCAACCAACCACAGCCCUGCAGCAUCCAGGAGGAGGAAGAUCUGGCACUGGCUCAGGCCCUGGCAGCCAGUGAGGAGGAAUACCGGCGACAACAGCAACAACAACAACAACAGGGUCGAAGCACAAAGCUGUCCAACUGUUGCCUCUCUUGAGUGCAAAGAGUGCCUGUCAGCAUGAGACCUGCUCCUCUCCACAAUGGCUCUCUCUUCUGUACUUUCAAGGGUUGUCAUCUCUGCUGAUCCCUCAGGGCUACUAACAACUGACCAAAGGCUGCAUCUCUGCCCUCCCAGAGCAUCUUUAGCCACACAGCGGUGGUACCUGUUGCACUGUGAUCAUGUUAAGCCUUCUGGGGCAGAUGGCGUCAAUGUUUCUGCCACCGCGUGGAGGGAGAAAUGAUAACUUUGACAUAGUAGCCCCCCUGCCAGAACCAUGGGUAGCAAGUCACAGAGGAGAAAAGAAUGGACUGACUGGUAUCAUUGGCAUCAAUUGAGUUAGGCCUCAAACUUUUCCUGAGUUGGGUGUGUUCAUGGAGUUUGCCGGAACAAUUCUUGGGGCCUCUCUUUCCUCUGUGGUAGUCCCAUGGUUGGACAGCAGGUGGUGCUAAAUGCUUUUAUAGUGAGGGGUUCCCUCUUCAUUCUUGGUGCUGCUGGGCUUAGAUCUACCCCUCUGUUUAAAAGGGAAGGGUCUUCCCUGUGCUGUUGUCAUACUGGUUGUCUGACACUUGCACACUUAGCUGUUUCAGCAGCAGGAGUGUUUAGGUAAUGGAAGCACAAUGCAGUGUGAGUCUCUCCCAUGCUGCAAGCCAAGGGAACCAUCUCCACUGCCUGUCCUGUGUAAACCCUUUCCCUGCUGGCAGAUGAUGAUUCAUCUUUUCUCUACUGCUCUGCCAGCCAGGACCCUGAUGCUUAGCCUCCUGUUGCAAAGUCUGCCAAAGAUCAGCCUUGGAGUGGCCGUCUGGUAGCCCUGUAGUGGUAGGGGAUGGGGAUCUGCUCACUUUCAGUAGAUGGCCAGCUUCUAUAACUUGCAUCCAGCACAGCUGGCCAGCCCCAAACGUGGUGCCGAUACCUCAGUGGCCAUUUGGAAUGUCUGUCUACUUGUUUGUCUCUCUGUCUGAUACAUGCUUCAUGCAGGCACCCUGUCUUUCACAGCCGCGGACGUCCAACUCAGUUAGCCUGCGGUGCUGAUUGGCAUCUCGUUACAGUCUGCUUAGAGGGGCACCUCUCCAUCCAGUAUUCCGUGCCUUUGCUGGGUCACUUAUAGGGUUAGAGUGAGGAAAGGGCAUUGUAGAAUGCUGGUGGGAGCCAAUAAAUUUGCACACUGUUGCCUCUCUUUUUUGUCACUUUUUCCAUUCAAGAUCAUCCAUCCUUGAAUGAGGGCUGGUGGUGGCAAUGUUUAGGUUGGGGUUACUCUGGCAAAUAGUUCAGCAGUUGAUAUAGGGGUUAAUUCAUAUAGAGUAAUAUUGGUGUAACUUGACCCAGGAUGUGGAGAUUCAAAUCAGUGCAAUUGUCAAGGUUCUCAUUUGGCAUUCUUAGGAGUUUUUUGUUUGCUUUCUGAAUCUACACACAUCACAAACGAUAGUAGUAAACCAAAGAUGGUAUUUUGCAACUAUGUGGAUCCUUUUUCCCCCCCAAGGAGUAUAAUCUGAAAUUUUCACGGAAACCUAUCGCUGGCUACCUCCCUUUUGCACAAUAGAACUGCAGCUGCUUAAAGAUGAGAUCCACAUUUCUACUUGUGUCUCUUUAUACAUGUGCACAAAUACUAAGUAGAAUCACUUAGACUAGAGGAGGGCUGAGGUGCAUUCUUAAGUUGUUAAGAAGGCAUUCCAGAAGAAGGGCUGGCAAUUAUUGAAUGAAAUAUUUAUUAUCCAUCUUUUGCAAAAGCAGAGUUUGGGAGUGUCAUACUUUGAAACAGAACACAAGAUUUAAAUAAACUUAGAUGAUCCUGGUAUAA